UGUGACGUCAUCAACGUGCGUCCAGAAAUCGUGAUUCCCCUCAGCGGUCUAAACACAAACAUGCUUGCCUUACAAAAAUGUCUUAAUUUUACGCGAGUAAAUAAAUCGAAUCACAUUACUGGGCCAAUAUGGCGAUAUUUCUAUAGUAGUUUAACUGUAACAAAAGAUCGCUUUUGCGUUUCGAAAAUCCGGACCAAAUCCUUCUGUGAGUUUCAAAAGCGAAGCUUGUUUCAUCAUUUUCUCUCUGCGAACCAUCGCGUUUCUCGUCUCAGCUGCUCCAGAGGAUUUUUAACUUCACUGGCGAACAGAAAAGAUGCUGUUGGGAAAGUCCAGUCAACACACUAUCAUCUGAUUUACACAUGCAAGGUUUGCUCCACCAGAUCCACACAGAAGAUCUCCAAGGUGGCUUAUCAUAAGGGUGUCGUCAUAGUGACAUGCCCAGGAUGUGAAAAUCACCACAUCAUCGCUGAUAACCUCGGCUGGUUUUCAGAUCUGGAGGGCAAGAGAAACAUCGAAGAAAUCCUUGCGGCCAAAGGAGAGACGGUGAAAAGGGUUGACGGGAGCGCAGCUUUGGAGAUAGUGAUCAGUGAAGGCAGCAAAAACCAGUCACAACAAGAACACAACACAGAAGAACCCGAAAAAGAUCCAGCAAAGCAGGAAUAAUGACUUUUUAAUUCAUGUGCAGAAUUUGAGAUGAUGUGAUUUAUUUUUCUAAUAAAUAAAAAAAAAACGUUUUAAAUCAUUUUUUUCUUAACUGCUGAGUCAUUUCCAAGUGAACAAGCUAAGCUCACACAUUGAUGUGCAAAACAUGACAAAAACACAAAAGGAUUCUCAACUUCCUCAUCUAUAAAAGAAUAGAAACUAUAUUUUCCCCACAUAAAAAAUGCUUUGAUUAUCUAAGGGGAAACUGGAGUAUUUGUUUUUUUCUUUCUUAUGGUUCAGUUUUGUGUGUUUCUGGAUAUAAGUAAAAAAAAUAAAAAUAAAAUAAACCAACUGGAAGGUUAAAGUAUAUUACGAAAAUGUAUAAUUUGCAACAAUAAAAGCUUUAGUUUCAAACGUAAACAUUUAUUUUAAAUGAAUAAUAUUUUUCAAGGUUGUUUUUU